CUGCAUGAAUGAUAGGCGAUCGGAAAUAAAUCUCAAUCGAGCGGCGGCGCGUUUAAAUUGAACACUUCCAGCAAGUCGCGGAAGGAUCUAAUUCUCUCUCUCUCUCUCUCUCUCCCUCUCUCUCUCGAGGGUCGACACAUCCGCCCAGUUUUCCGAUGCCCACCCCCUCCUCCCUUCUCCUGCCUCCCCUCCCCUUGUUGAAAAUAGAGUUCGAUUAAAGCAGAUGUCCGCCAACUUCAGAGGGAGGAAAUUAAAAACUCCUUUUUUUUUUUUUUUUUGCUUUAACUCCCCGUUCUAACGAAAAUUCGUGGAGAACCCCAUUUUUUUGUGGCUCGAGUCCCCCCCUCCCUCCCUUUCGUCGAGGUUGCCUUUAAGCGGACAUUACUCGGACACGUUGGCGGAGCGAGGCUGGCUUUCCAACAAGGCGCCGUUUCAAGUCUCGUCCCGGAGAGCUUUCAAGUUGGCGAAUGGAUGCUCGACAGACAGCCACGACUAAUACGCCGCCGAACGUGACGGGUUUCAACACUUUCUGCGUUUUUUGAGGAUAUAUAUACUCACGCGGCGGGUGGGGGGGUAUUUUUUGUUUUUUAAUCCCCCCACCAAACAGGAGUUUGUUUGGAAAGAAGAUGGCUAAUUUUGUGUCUUGGUCGGAUUUUACUUCCAGGGAGGAGAAGGCGAAACUGUCAUUCUUCCUUCUCGCGAUUUAACAGCUAAGGCUAGCUCUUGUUCUUUAAUUUCCUUUCUUUUUUUCCACCAAGGGGAUCAUUCUUUCGCUUUUUUUUUAAUUUAAUUUUUUUAUUUAUUUUAUUAUUUUUUUUUAAACCGAGCACCCCCACCCUAAAUAAACACCAAACGAAAACACAACACGCCUCGGUUGUACGCAUGUGGAGGAAAAUGGUGACUUUUGUGCAAUUUUGUCCCGCCGUCACAGCGCCGUCGAUGCUAGUGCUAGGACUCGGAUCCCCGUGAGGAAGAAAAUGAGUGAAGAUUCAACAAAUCCAAACAACGAUGACAGUUAUGCGCGUGUGAGAGCAGUGGUCAUGACGCGGGAUGACUCCAGCGGCGGAUGGCUUCCCCUGGGCGGUGGCGGCCUCAGCUGCAUUACCGUCCACAAGGUCAGCCAGGCGGAGGACAAUGGCAGCACCCACAGCGGCAGCACCCGUGGAAGCACCGGCAACCUCAGCCCUUGUAGCCCCAGUCCGACGCCCAGCCUCAGCCCCAGUCCCAGUCCCACCGCAGUGGAGUUCUACAUAAAGGGGGAGCGGCUGAAAGACAAACUGGUGGUGCUGGAGUGCGUCCUGCAGGAGGGCCUCGUGUACAACAAGGUCAACCCCAUCUUCCACCACUGGAGGAUCAAUGACAAAAAGUUCGGGCUGACCUUCCAGAGCCCCGCCGACGCUCGCGCCUUCGAUCGAGGCAUACGUAGGGCUAUUGAGGACAUCAGCCAAGGCUGUCGGCCAUUUGGCGAAGGGGAUACUCCUGAGGACGGGCUACCAGCUUGUGAGGAGCCUCCCUCCAUCUGUACACCCAUGAAGGAGCCCUUCUCCCCCCUGAACAAUGUGGUGUCCACCGAGCCCUUCAGGGGCUGCUAUGUACGCGCUCAGCCCUUUGACGAGUUCCCCUCCAGCAACCGACGAUACCUGCCACCACAGGUUUCAUUCAAGUCCACCCGCCACGUCAGCUUUCACAUGGACGAGGAGGAGAUCGUUCGAAUCAACCCGCGCAAGGACGUGCUCAUCCGUGGCUAUGAGGACUACCGCCACCCGGUCAUGUGGAAACAGGAGGCGGAGCGCGAGGACCUGGACUUCCCGGCCACCUUCCACAAACUGGACAGUAAGAAGUGCGAGUACCUCUUCCCCGACGGCGCCGGCGGGGACCCCCACUCGGGCCCCGGUCUGGGCAAGGACACGGCCAUCAAGACUCAGCCCUCGCCGCUGCUCAAGUCCAAGAAGGGGCGGCGGCGGCGGGAGGACGGUGAGCGCUCGCGCUGCAUCUACUGCCGUGAGAUGUUCAACCACGAGGACAAUUGGCGGGGGCAGUGCCAAGAUGCCCCCGACCCCAUCAAGCAGUGCAUCUACAAAGUCAGCUGCAUGCUGUGCGCUGAGAGUAUGCUCUAUCACUGCAUGUCCGACUCGGAGGGCGACUUCUCGGACCCGUGCUCGUGCGACACGUCCGACGAGCAGUUCUGCCUGCGCUGGCUCGCCCUGGUGGCGCUCUCUUUCAUCGCGCCCUGCAUGUGCUGCUACCUGCCGCUGCGCGCCUGCCACCACUGCGGCGAGGCGUGCCGCUGCUGCGGGGGCAAGCACAAGGCAGCCGGGUGACCCUGUGCCGCCCCUCUGGGACACCCUCAAAGCUAGCUAACACAGGAAGCGGAUCAAUUCAACGCCGGCAUCCUUUUUUUCCACCCCCUGCCCAUUCUCUCGGACAGGGCGGUGUUGUUGAACGCCAGCUCUUGAGGGCUUUUGGAGAUUUCAGUUUGCGUUUGUCGCCGACGAGCUGCAGAGGAGGACAAACUUAAGCAUUGCGUCGAGCUAAGUCCGGACGAGGAAACGAGGACACUGAGAUUACUAGACUUGGAGAUGUUACUAAAUGCACCACAUUCUCACACACACACACACACACACACACACACACACAAACACACACACACACACACACACACACACACAUGCGUCUAACUAUGAAGGAAAGUUGUCUUUUUGUACAGAGACAACAACAAAACUAUUCAGAAAAAUAACUUGCUGUUUGAGUAUGCUAAAAGGGAUACAUACGUUCUUAUGCUUAUUUUCUGUGACGUUCCAGUCGGGUAACAGUGGCCUUUCCUUCCCUUCAUGACAGUGUAAUUAUUAGACAGAAAAAAACGUGCACUAGACAUGACGUCGCCCCUUCCCCAUUUUACCCAUUGAGUGUCAUUUAAACAUCAGUGUGGUGCAUACAUGGCCACUUUAUUCCCUCGGGCAACUGCCUCACAUCGACCAUUUUGAUUGCAUUCCAAAAUAAAGGGACUCAAUCCAUUUGUCAGAAGGGAAAAUGGUAACUGACUUUCCCUCAAAACGCUCCAAAAUGCCGUGGAAGACAACAUCUUUACAAAUUUGAAAGCCCACCUAUUUACUACAUUAAAUUUAUUUUAUUUUUAUUUUUUGGGGGAAUCACCCCCCCCCCCCCCCAUUUUCCAUUUUCCUGUUAAAGUUCUGAUUCAAAGCUGAAAUUUUGCUCAACCAGCAAGUUUUGUUUCGGUGAGUGAGGGCUGGCGGUGCUCCUAUUUUAUUAUUUUUUUUAAGAAAACAACCAGGCACUUAAAAUGAGGCUUAUUCUUUGAGGCACCCUUCUAUGAUUAUGGAAUUAGUCUGAAUAAAAGCACUGCUCUCCGAGCUUUAGGUUGCAGCACCUCUCCACCUCUAAAAAGUCCUGUGUUUGUCCCACAAUUUUUAAUUUUUUUUAUUUUUAAUUUUGUUCUCCUUUGUCCCCUCCUCAUGUCACCAGUCCACUCCUUCAUGUGUCUUCGUUUUAAUAAGCCCUGGAUGAAUGAGCGCAUUGUUUCAGGAAUGUUGAGUAUCUCAGCUACUAAGUACAUACAGAUGGUGUGUGCGUGUUUGUGCACGUAUGCGUGCGCAUGUAGGCCUUCACAUGCACUGGUAACAUCCUGACUGACGACUCUUUCGACAAACGCGUUACAAGAAUAUUUGAUCUUUGAGAGACUCCAGACUUCUCUCUCUCCAGCCAGCAAGUUAUUAGCAUUCAGAAUAAUCUAUAUGAAAAGUGUGAGAUGGUUAAAAAAAAGGCAAUUUCCUGUGACACAGUACAGUUGCUGCUUGUGUCUUAUUGGAGCUUAAUAUACCAGCAAAAGACUUCUGGCAACAGGAAGCAUGAAUUUGUAUUUAUUUUUUUAAACAAGUUUUUGCGCGGAUGAAAGACUCAAACACAUCCAGUAUGAUUGUAAUCAAAAUAAAUGAACUGAAGACCUGUCAUAUUGCAGGGGGCCCUUGGUUUACAAAGGAGUUCUGUUCUUAUGGUGACAAAAUAACCCAAAUUCGUAUGCGCAUAGUGUAUCACUUUUUUAAAAGUCUACUCGAUCAAUAAUUACGCUAGCGCAUUAGUAAGUGAAAUACACUUCUAGGCCAUGUAUAUAAAGCAUCCAUUCUCUUAGCCAAUCAAAUGAAAAACAAGUAGGGCAGUAACUGUGUUUUCUUGUAAUGCAUGACCACGUAUUCUAACGCUGAGCAGCAACUAGUUCACUGCACGUCGCCUGUAACCUCAAAACCCUGCAUGUCGGGGCUGCCGUAAACUGAGAACCCCUUCAAAUCCAGUUUUGUGCUGCAUUCGAAACUAGUGGGAAAUCUGAAGUAAUCCGACCUCCAUGUAUUGCAGUCAAACGUAAACAGAAAAAAAGCAUGACUGACCAGUGACCACCACGAUAAGCUAAUAUUUGCUUUGUUUGCCAACCAUGUUUUUUUUUGUUUUGUUUGUUUGCUUGUUUUUUAAUUGGCUAAAAAGCUUCAUACGGAGGUAAUCUAGCGAUACAUCUACUUGGCAAUAUCCACGUAUAGCUUAUACAGCUCUGAAACAAAUUGGGAAAUCUCUGCAAAAUUGUCUGAUUUUGCCAUUUAUAGGUAUGGAAGUAAAAUUGUAUUUUUUUUUUCUUUAUUGACAACAUAACCCCCAUAUUUGAAAUAAAAAUAUUGUCAUUUAAAGCAUUGAUUUUCAGAAAACGAAAAAUUAUCACACUACCAAAAAACCUUUUUUGCUUUGGUUUUUUUUUUUAUCUUGAUUUUUUCUCCAGGCCUGUAUAUUUCAUUUGACGUUUUACAUUCAUAGGGAUUAUUGCAUGAUGACGGAUUUGUACGUCAAUUUAGCAAUUUUAGUAGAAGUAUUGGCGCUGCAAUGGGCAGGAACGACACCUGUUGUGUUCAAAAUUCGUAUUUUAUAUGAAAACAGACGUUUGAAAGCGUGAAGGGUUCCGCGUAGAAGGCAAAGACGGAUGACUUCCGCAUCGUGUUCCACCUCUUGACGUGCCAAUUUUGCUGGAUCAGCGUGUGAAAGAGUUUUCAGAUUCUCUGAUAAAGUUGCUGCGAUUGGCUGGCAACCAGUUCAGGGUCUACCCCGCCUCCUGCCCGAUGAUAGCUGAGAUAGGCUCCAGCACUCCCGUGACCCUUGUGAGGAUAAGCGGCUCAGAAAAUGGGUGGAUGGUGGAUGGAUGGAUGAUAAAGUUGCCAGAAUUCACGAUCAAUGAAGUAUCUUUCCGUAGACACUCGCAACUUCCCAAAGUGAAGUCUUCUUUAGACAGCAAACUGGUUAAUGAUUGCAGCCAAGUAGUGGACUCAAUUUUACUGCCAUUGCUUUCAAAGUGCGAUGAAUCAACAAUCAAUUCAAGUCCAGGUGAAUUCUUAGCAAUCCAUCGCCUUUUUUUAUUUUAUUUUUUUAUGUGGUGGAAAAAAACACUACGUUUAGCACAAACCGUAACAAUUUGGAAGUCUUUUGAUUUUCAGAUCUCUUUAUUUUUAAUCUUUCUAUGCAAACUUUCUGACACAGGACACACUCUUAAGACUGACAGGACACUUGUUUCUUUUAAGACCCUCGUAAGUGGUAGUACUAGUAGAUGAGCCUCCUCCCCUUUUGGUACCAAACACCUGUAAAUACGUAACACUGUAUUUAAGUACUGAUGAUAAUAAUAAUAACUUUGGCUUGUGUUGUCUUUGAGGUUGUCUUCUUUUUAAAGAUAGAACUGUAUUUAUCGUGGCUGUCAGCAUUAUUUACGGUAGCUUCUAUUGACGGCAUAAGUGUAUACAUAGGUCCACCUUUUGUAGUAUUAUUUCACAUUGAAAAGUAGAGGGCAUUUGCAACCGGUCAGGGGGUAAACAAAACAUAAAAUGACUAUUGAGCUUCUAAUAAAAGUUUCUCAUUAGUUUUUUACAGUAGACGGAAGGAUAGCGUUAACAUGGUACAGGAGUAGCACUCCAUUCCCUUUGGAAAUUUUAUAUAUGAAUAUAAAUAUAUACAGUAUAUAUGUAUCUAUAAAGACAUGAAUUUAAGGCUGCUAGAUACAAUCACUAAUUUUAUUGUGCUGACAGAGAAAAUUAGCUAUGAAUGACUGUUAAACCCUAAUUCUCCAACAGCAUUAAGCGUUCUUGUUUUUUAGUUGUGUGCAAUGUGUGUGUAUGUGUUCUGGGUGAGUGUGUGUUUGGGUCUGCGUUUCCUGAUGUCGAGCUGAACCAAGGUUGGAUGAAGCUGAUUAAAAACUUGCUGGCUGACAAAA